AUGUCUGACAGGCUCUUCCGGGCAGCGCAGUCAAAGAACCCCCUUCCCCUGCUCCGAUUUAACUACAGAACCGACCCUCCGUCCCACGCGGAACCGACCCACCGUCCCACGCGGAACCGACCCACCGUCCCCCGCGGAACCGCACCCACCUGUCCCGCCGCGGAAACCGAGCCUCCGCUCGCCCCGACGGAACCGACCUACUGUCCCACGCGGCGAACGCUUCCCUCCGUCCCACACGGAACCGUCCCUCCGUCCCACACGGAACCGUCCCUCCGUCCCACACUCCGUCCCACACGGAACCGACCCUCCGUCCCAUACGAACGCUACCCUCCGUCCCACAGAACGCCCUCCGUCCCACCCGGAACCGACCCUCCGUUCCCACACGCAACCGACCCCUCCGUCCCACACGAACCGCCCCCAUCGGAACCGACAUUCCGCUCCCACACGGAAUCGAACCCCCCGCUCCAAACGGAACCGUCCCUCCGUCCCACACGCAACCGUUCCCCUCGUCCACACACUGGAACCGUCCCCACAGAACGCACUCCCUCGUCCCACACUCCGUCCCUCACGGGAACCUGUCCCCCCGCCAUCCGUCCCACACGCGAACCGUACCCACACAGAACGCUCCCUCCAUCCCACACUCCGUCCACACCAGCGCAACCGGACCCUCCCCGUCCCACACAUGCAACCGACCCACCGUCCCGCAGGAACCGACCACCGUCCCCCGCUUGGACCGACCUCCGUCCCCCGCGGAACCGCACCCUCGUCCACGCGGAACCGCUCCCUCCGUCCCACGCCAGGAACCGUUCCCUCCGAUCCCACUGCGCGAACCGUCCCUCCUGUCCCACACUCCGUCCCACACGUGAAACCGACCUCACGCCUCCCACACGGAACCGACCCUCCGUCCCAACGGGAACCCGACCUCCGUACCACCCGGAACCGACCCUCCGUCCCACACGGAACCGACCCUCCGUCCCACACGGAACCGUCCCCCCGUCCCACACGGAACCGACCAUCCGUCCCACACGGAACCGACCCUCCGUACCCAAACGGAACCGUCCCUCGUCCACACUGCGAACCGCUCCCUCCACGGAACCGUUUCCUCCGCUCCCACACGGGAACCCGCUCCCACACAGAACCGUCCCUCCGCUCCCACACUCUCGUCCCUCACGGAACCGCUACCCCUCGUCCCACACGGCAACCGGUUCCCCACACAGAACCGUCCCUCCAUCCCACACUCCGUCCCACACGGAACCGACCCUCCGUCCCACACGGAACCGACCCUCCGUUCCACCCUCCGUCCCACACGGAACCGUCUCUUUGCCCCACACGGAACCGUCCCACACAGAACCGUCUAUUCCUCCCACACAGAACCGUCCCGCCAUCCCUCACAGACAGUAG